CUUGGCAACAGAUUGGGAUGCGGCCUCAAUGAGUUCUGUAACUUUUUAAAAUUAAGGCAUAUUCAUGAUGCAUGGUAGUUCAGUUUUACUUUUUUCCCCUGCGGAUCAGAAAGUAUGCCGUCAGAAUGUAAAAUUCUUCAAAACGCUGAACGAGGUUUAUUAUUUGGUAGUCUUGUACCUCGUUUCCUUUAAUAAUGCCUCGUGUGUCAGAGAGAAAAUGGGACCAGGUGAAUGGAACACGGAGGAAUAAAACACAUCCUCCAUGAAUGGAGCAGGUCCGAGUCGACCGGUCAUGCGAAGGUGGAACACCGCGCCCAUAUCAGGCCUGCCAACGUGCAGGUAGGUGUGAGGCCACAUUACAUUAUACAUGUGCCGUGGCUCAAGCUAGUACCGUGACACCUGUGUUACAUGUUAUGGUCACACUCGACGUGUGACCCCUGGUGACUUUGUGGUGUGUGUUCGGUCAUGUCAGUGGAUCUGGACGAAAUAUUGGACAUCAUCAGUUUGUCUAAUCAAAUGGCUGGUCGGAUUACACUGGCAACCAUUCUCAUGAUUCUCGUGGGUGUGGGCCCCUUAGUUUUAUUUACAUGCACGACUGUUGGAGUCGAUGCGGAAACCAAGCACGCCUAUCGUGCCGAUGCUAACAUUGACAAUUUUGAAACUGAAAAUCCCCCAAACACCUGUUCAGGUGGGGAAACACCUUGUGAUGAAGGCGACAACUUGGAGUCGGACAUGUUGGAGAACAGUGGAGAUUCCAUUCCUGCCAUAGACGAUGGUGAAUUUAAGUGGGAUCCCAAAGGAUAUGUUUUAUUUUGUCCCUGUAUGGGCCGUUUUGGUAACCAAGGGGAACAUUACCUUGGCGCCAUGGCCUUUGCUAAGGCCCUCGACAGAACUUUGGUUCUACCACCAUUCCGCACAUUUAAACACGCAUCCUUCGGACAGCUGUUUGAAACAGAACCGAUUAAGGAGUUCCAGCGUACGAUUCUCAUGGAAGAUUUCAUGGAGCACUUGGCCCCCAAAUACUGGCCCCCUGGCAAGCGCAUAGGCUACGCUCAUCUCCCAUUGAAGAGUGAAACUCCUUGUGAAAUGAAAAUCGGAAAUCCGUUUGAUUCAUUCUGGAAUUAUUUCAAAGUUGACUUUGAUGACUGUAUCAAGUAUGAGAUUUACAACUUUGCUGACGCAUCCGAUGAGCGCAGCUUGCAAAAGAUGAAAGAGAAGUGGCAUGCCAGAUUUCCUCCUGAGAAGCACCCCGUCCUGGCAUUGCGCGGUUCACCCGGCAGCUAUCCCAUGCUUGCCGGCAACCGAUACCUGCAGAAAUACCUCAAGUGGUCACCAGCUUUUUUCGCCGAUGCAGGGAAGUACAUCCGAAAGACAUUCAAAGAUGAAGGGUUUGUUGGAAUCCAUCUCAGGAACGGCAUUGAUUGGGAGAGAGCUUGUGAACACGCUGAUGGCAUUGGGAGAUUCAUGGCAUCCCCGCAGUGCUUGGAAAAGACACCAGGGGCCAUUGUUACAAAGGACCUCUGUCUACCGAGCCUGGAGCAGAUUUUAAAUUUAACAUCACAGUUAUUUAACAAAGUCCAGGCUAAACAUCUGUACAUUGCAACGGACAGGAAACCCCACACUGAUUCCUUCAAGAAGCUUUUGAAUCCUCAAGGGGUAUCUGUCCAUCACUUGAAUCCCAGUCAGGCUGAGACUGAUCUGAUGAUUCUGGGCCAAGCUGACUUCUUUAUUGGUAACUGUAUCUCGUCCUUCACCUCCUUUGUCAAACGGGAACGAGACGUGAACGGCAGGCCCUCUGCAUUUUGGAGCCGAGAUUUAGAAUUGUAAACUUAGAAUAUUUGAAAGUUUCAAUAACGUAUCUCAUCAGCACCUUGUUAGUCUUAUCUACCGAGUUUUGAUAUCGUUUUUAGUUAUUUUUUUAUUUUCUUACAUCGUGCUACAUUUCAUUAUACUUGGUUGCAAAUGUGCACCUAUUACGGUGCACCACGUUUAAUUUUUGAUUGUUUUGAUUUUGAUGUUUGAUAUUUUGUUGGUUUUUGUUAGAUAUUAUUGUUGUUGAGUGCAGAAUUGGACUACCUUUGACUUCUUAGUACUCCCUGCUCCUUAAAAAGACGAACGAACAAUUAUCCUUUCCGAGCAGGAACAAAAGAGGGCGUGUUUUUAAAUGAAAUUGACCGUCCUUUGGUAUGCAUUCACCCCAUAGCUUCGCACGUUUUUGUGGGUUUGACGCGGGGCACGUUGAGUGCGUGCACCAAAUUUAUUGUGGAAUGUCUGGUGUUCGCUUGCACACUGAACUCCUGCAAGAACCCAGUUUGAAAACUUCAUACCAGUCUCUCUUUCUGUCACCAAUGGGGGCACGGAGGGUGUACUUCAACUUAAGGUGAAUAAAGUGUGUCUAAUGAAAGCGAUGUUACUACUUCAGUUUUCUCCAGUGCUGUCUUCAGUGUAAUUUUACUAAUUGAAUAAUGUUUUAUACAGGAUGAUGCAUUUUCAUUUAAUGGCAAGAGGCAAUGUAAACCUGUCCAUCCAGCGGGGAGAAUUAACGUGUGUCCUUUCAAGGCACUUUUUUCAAUUCAAUUUUGUUACACAUCUGCAACCAUGCAAUUUUUAACUAUGCAAUUCCAGUUAAGUCUUUUUGCACCAAUUAUAGACACCUGCAUUUGCAACUUCUUGAUGCAACCCUGUCCGUGCCAGGUUUCCACCAAUUUUAAAUACCUGUGGUUUCAUGUUAUUGAAACCUACGGAAGGACCCUUCACUGGACCACACACCCCACCUUUAUCAUGAAUAUCAUUUUUCUUUCAGUAACACAGUUCAUUACUUUGAUGGGUGUUUGCCAAAUGUCAGGUGCUGGUGAAGAACUGGAAGAACAGCAUGACAAAAGUACUUCUGUUAUUCAUGUGCAUGUUCACUGUUUGAGAAAAACAUCUUAUUUUCCUGUUAUUCAGUUCGGUACUCAGUUUUCUGCAGACGUUGAUCGUCAGUGCUGGGAAUAAUUCUUGCCAUUUGAUAUCUGUGGCGUGCGAAAUUCACACUUCUCCCGAAACGGAGAUAUUUCUAUAAUUAAAAGAGAUUAGGCCUACGGAUCAGGAUUAAAUGUUAACUUUGCUCGCCAUAGAUAUGCAUUGUGUAUACGGCAUGCCAUUAGUUAAUGUUUGGUUUUAUUGUCUCCUCUGUUGAUAACAUUGUUGUUUACUAUAUUCCUGUCAACAUAAUUCCAAACGAUUGGAACUUAUAUUAUUUAUUCUUUGGUUUUUCAUCAUUCCACAUUUUAAAUAUUUUUUUCUGUGUAGAUCAAGACUUUUUCAUGUAAAAUUCUUGGGCAGUUAAAGACGAAUCACGCUUACUUUGGAAUUAUGAACUUUUAUGCAAAUGUUAGUUGCCAUCACUGAUUGGCCGUAAGAGAUACUUACACAUUUCUGAUUGGCGUGUGCAAUUUCUUUUUAAUUGGGCUUGCUAAGCCGAAUUUAAAGUGGAAGCUUUGUUUCUUGUGGAAAAAGUUUAUUCGUGACGGCACGCCUGUUGGAUGAAGUAGUUCAUUAUUUGCCGUGUUUUACCAAUUUUAGUGACUAGAAAAGGAUAGGUGGAUUGUAUAUUUUCUAACAAAUUAUAUUUUGAAUAAUAAAUACUCAGUUGUACUGCCUUAAA